UUGAAUGUAUCGAGAGCUAAUUAUGCAUCUCGAUAGAUCCAUAUUGAAGAUUUUCAGUAAUUACGUAAAAUGCUGGAAUUUUGUGUAAUUAAACUCCAAGCUGUGGGAUUUAUGUGGUUCGAAUAACAGCCCAAUUUGUAGAUGUAGGUAACCCGACCCGAAAUGUUCAACAGUUGCCUUCUCCCUGCAAAUCAAAGCUAAUUCUACACUAAAUUGGAGAAUAAAUACUGACUGAGAUUUCCAAAAAAGGAAAGAAAAUGUCGAAAUUAUGGUCGAAAUUAGCAGGUAUAUUUAGCAGCAAGAAUUUUGUAGGUAUUGAUAAAGCGGGAAAUCGAUAUUUCAAAAGAAUAGAGGAGCUUGAUGGUGUCAUGAAGGAAAAGAGAUGGGUGACAUUCAAAGGAGAGGAAGAUCCAACCUCCAUUCCAGUUGAAUGGAUAUGUUGGUUGAACGGACAACGCAAGAGUGCUCCAACUCCAGAGGAAAUGGCUGAGUUGGAGGCUAGAAGGGAAUUUGUUAAGCUUAAUGUUGCUCGUCUCAAGAAGGAAGAGGAGGAAAGAAUGGCCAAAGAAGGCAAGAGGAAAGCCACAAACAUUGGUAAAGCUGAUGGCCCAGAUUUAAAGAGUUUUGUUCAACAAUUUCCAGAUGCUUCAAAAGGUGAUACAACCGCGGAAGCAUCUGAUACCCAGAACGAAAAAAGGUCGUCAGAGCCAACUGGUUCCGGUGAAUCCUUUAGACCAGGAACAUGGCAACCUCCCACCUGAGAUCACCGACUCUAUGGGAGCCUUUAGUUUUCUUUUGAUGUUCGAUUUUAAGGACAUCAGAUGACUGCAGAAGUUGAAUACAGGGAAUUAAGGCCACCUAGCGUGGCAGUCUCAUUCUUUCUCUGCAUGGUUGUUUGCCCCUAAUUACUUUAGGGUCUUUCCAUUUUUGAUAGAACUGCACCAACUUUUGGAUGAGCAAUCCUCAAAUUGUCAAUCUGCACUAUGCUCCUUUACCCUUAGAUGUAUCGUAAAGUUCUGCUAUAUUGAUAAUAAGUUCUUACAACAACAUACCCCGUGAAAUCCCACAAGUGGGAUCUGGGGAGGUAAAGUGUAUGCAGACCUUACUCUAUAUGGUGGAGGGGUGGUUUCCGGAGGACCCUUGUCUUAAUGUAUAAGUUCUUAACAGGAAAAAGAUAUGUAUGCUAUGUAUUCUGGAGUAUUAUAGACAAAUAUCCAGUGACUUGUUUGUUUUAGCUUCCCUUCAGUUUGUUCA